CAUGCGCAGAGGGCUGGAGAAUUGACAUCGCGGAGCAGCACUGCAAUAUCCAUCGAUUCGGGACCGAAGAUUAUCCAUCUGCAUUCUCGCAAGACUGGUGCCACCUGUACAUAUUAAUCCAUAACAACUGUGUCUUUAAAGCAAUCAUGUCCAUGGGAAGUGACUUUGGGAACCCUUUACGGAAAUUCAAACUUGUUUUUUUAGGGGAGCAAAGCGUUGGGAAAACAUCGCUGAUAACAAGGUUCAUGUAUGACAGUUUUGACAACACUUAUCAGGCAACCAUUGGAAUUGACUUUUUAUCAAAAACCAUGUAUCUGGAGGACCGAACUGUGAGGUUACAGCUAUGGGACACCGCAGGGCAGGAGCGUUUUAGGAGUCUCAUCCCGAGCUACAUUAGAGACUCCACAGUGGCUGUGGUGGUGUAUGAUAUCACAAAUGUCAAUUCAUUCCAACUAACCUCCAAAUGGAUUGAUGAUGUCAGAACAGAGAGGGGAAGUGAUGUCAUUAUCAUGCUGGUGGGCAAUAAAACAGACCUGGAGGAAAAGAGGCAAAUCACCAUAGAGGAGGGUGAGCAGCGGGCUAAAGAGCUGAAUGUGAUGUUUAUCGAGACUAGUGCAAAGACUGGCAGCAACGUUAAACAGUUGUUUCGGCGAGUGGCGGCUGCUUUGCCCGGAAUGGAGAGCCUGGAUGAUAACAACAAAGAAGGAAUGAUUGACAUUAAGCUGGACAAACAGCCAGAUCCUCCGGCCACUGAAAGCGGGUGCUCCUGUUAGUAAAAAGCGGUUCGGACCUUCAUUAACACCACAUGCUUGUUCUGUUGCUUCCUAUGGGUCCACGUCCAGUUGAACUUUAUGAUCGGAUAUAGGCUUUUUACAUCUGAAUGGGUCUAAAAAUUAUAUUCCUCAGUUGCAAGAACAAAAAAAAAUCUACACUGUCUGUUUAAUUGCCAAAAUAAUAUCAUAGGUAAUUCAAAGUGACUAGCUAACAGAUACAUAUAAGACAGGAAGUGGCAUGUGUACCAUCUUCGGAAAAAACAAACAAACAUUCAGAGUGGAUUAUCGGUUGUUAUGUUUUGUAUUUUUGUACAUUACAAAAAGCACUAAAUGAUGCCUUCACAAAAAUGAGUUUAAGACGGGCGACAGAGUAACUGUCUUUCGUCCAUAGCAUGCAUGUAAGACAACUUUUAGAAUCUGUCAUGUCCUUUGGUUCAUACACAUCGAUAGUAACGAAGCGAAGAACUCAGAAAUUAAUGAAAAAAAGAAAAAAGAGAGCGUUCCUGUUCAAAGUCUUAGUGUGGGUCUGUGUAUACAGUACAUCCUACAUGCUAAACCAGUACCAACCUCCACGAGAGGUGUGUGUACUAACCCGGCUAACCUUUAAAGUGCCGUGGCACUGUUGCAAAGAACCAAUGGAUUUUUCUGCUAGCUCCAUGUAUACACUUUAGAUCCGCCAGGCGGUACUGUAUUGUAUAUAGUAUUUAUAUUAUUGUGAACAUCCAUCAUUUAGACGUGGUUUAUGUUCACUUGUACAAAUUUUUUCUUUUUUUUUUCUUCUUUUUUUUUAUAUGACAAGGGCUUCACUUUUAUUUUCUCAGUCUCACCUGUAGCCAUACACUGGUAGUAAAGUAUUACUUAUGAUUUGAGCAUUUUGCUGUUGCCUUAUACCAUUUUACUCAUCCACCAAAAUUUUUUCAGACUCUGUUCAGAAAGUAAGUGGGUUCUCAUUUUUUUAAUUAUAAUGUUGUAUUUGCAGCCAUCUAGAACUAAAAAGAAUGAAAUAAGUGUCAUUCAUUCGGUUGGGCGAGGAAGGCGAUUUUGAGGUGAGCCUUAGGAAACAACAGAUUUUCAUUUCAAAUACAUGCACUUUCUUCUGGGUUCUGACAAGGAAAUGUAUGGUUCACCACAUCUAAAAGUGAUGAAACAGACAAAUGAUUGUCAUAUCCUUUGUAGUAAAGCUCUCGUAGUCUCCCGCACAUGUUGAAUGGACGUGUAGAUUAAAAUUCAAAAUGCUAGUUGUAGGUGAACACUUUCAUCUGAGAGAAUCCUAAAACGUGAAGACCUUUUUAAAAGAAUGUACCCGCCUGUCGUCCACUCACGAUAUUCUGGUUAUCGCAACAGUACGUUCAAGAAAUGUGAGUUGUUUACGAAUCUCUGGAAACAUAGUAUCUUUAAUGUAUUUGUUUUUGUUUUCUAUUUUGAAUUGUUUACAUAAAUGCACUGAUUAACACCACUGAUUGUAUAGAGAUUACUUUAGGAUAUAUUAGGUAUUUAUAAUAUAUUUAAUGUUAGUGCAAGUUUCUUUCUGGUGCCAAUAAUUCUAUUAAUUAAAACAAACAUGGACAUGAGGAAUAACUGUGACUGAAUUGUUGGUACUAGGCUUGAUUUUAGGGGCGCUGAUAUAUACUGUGGGGCGGGACUGAGGUUAACGAGUUUUGCAUUGACGGGGCACAGAAUAUGCCAUCUUUCGCAUUCACAUUUCUCCGUUUCCUCUCGUUUGCUUUGUCAUCUUUCACUUUUGUACACUAGUUGUGCCUUCUGUUAUUGUGGCAUCACAAUGCAAAGCUUUCAUUGUAUGGCUACCUGAGAACACAUACGUUACAGAACGGUGGUCACUGAUCGGUUGGCCAGACAACUGACGGAUUUAUGAUGUUGAUCUGUGAUGAAAUUGUUGUAUUCACACCAUCUAGCCAAUUCACAGCAGUCGAGAAGAAUUGCAGAACAGUCCCGUGCAAGAGGAAGGUUGUAUGUAAAAACAGGAAGUUGCUGCUGAUAGUGUGAGGAGAUUGAAUCUGUCAGAGUUGUUGCCAUAGGGUUGUGUAGAGCAGUGUAGUUGGCUCUUUAUUCACUCUGUAAGGACAUUUGUGAGCAUGACAUCUGUCUGAAAAAAAAAAAUCAAUAAAAUCCAUGUCUUAAUACCAAA